AUGAUUCGCAUCCUCUCGCGGCUCGCCGUGGAGAACAACUGGUGGAGCUUCAGCGUCAACCCGACGCCCACGGGCAAGCAGUUCAUUGUCCAGCCCCAGUCCCAGUGGGAGAGGGACAGGGAGCGGCAGCAGGCCAAGGAGGGCAGUGCCCCACCGCAGCCUGUGCCUGCUGCCACUUCCGCCGCGGCACCGCCCGCAGCACCGCCUGCCGCCGCUGCAGCUCCGGCAGCAGCACCGCAGGCACACCCGCAGCACCAACAGGUGCAGCAACCCCAGCCCAACGAGUCGCCCGAGGGGUGGACCAGGGUUGGGAAGGGCGGCAUGCCGGACAGGUUCACCAUGAGGAACCAUGGCCGCAAGCCGCCGGGCAAGGCGGUCAAGCGCAAGCCUGACCGCCAGCCCGCACCCAAGGGAGGUGGACCCCCACCCCCCUCUCCCAAGGUGAACAAGAACAGGCUGAGCGCGCUGGGCGCUGGCCCUUCUGGCACCAGCGGGAGCCACGAGCGCGCACCGCCGCGCUCCCCCUCCCCCUCCUCGCCGCCUGCCAAAUCACCGCGGCCAUCUGCGCCUGCUUCCGAGUAUGACUCCGAGCUCGACCAAUACUUUUCCGACGCCGAGGCGCGGGAUAGGGUGGCAGGGGUUGUACACGACGCAGUGCAGCAGGCUGUGAUGCAAUACGGCUAUGACGACGAGCUCUUCCAGGAUUGGAGGGACGGCAAGAUAGGCGAAAAGGACUUGCCGGAGGAGGUGAUGGCUAUGACUUUGGACCUUUGCGAGAG